AUGGAGAUGGAAGUUGUUGUGACUGGUUUGAAGAAUGCUGGGAAAACGUCUCUGUUGAAGGUCCUGAUGGGUGGUGAAUUUACCUUUGACUCAACCCCAACUAUGAGGCAUAGCACCAAGCGGUUGCAUAGGGACAAUGUCACACUCAUAUGUCGAGAUAUCAGUAGCCAUCCAAAGUCUCGAAGAUUGCAAGAGCGGUACUGUCACGGUGUCGACGUCAUCAUUUUUAUCGUCGACAUGAGUGACAUACCACUUAUAUCCCAAGCCAAAUACGAGCUCCAUGGCCUUAUGAGCAAGGAGUCGUUGAGAGGUGUUCCUCUUCUUGUUCUCGGGAGCAAGUUUGAUCUUCCUCAAAAAUUGUCCAUGGACGAGCUGAUUGACGAGUUGGAUCUGGCCAAGAUCCGAAGCCGUGCUGUGUAUUGCUAUGGCAUUAGCGCCAAGGAGAGAAUUAACUUGGACGAGGUGAUACAGUUCCUCCUAGGUUGGGCGGGCUAA